GCCGCACAUCUUAGCCUCAAACCGGUGUGAAACCUUUGAAAACCUUCUACACAUUGAUAUUGCUCCAUUGAGGAGUACUCUUUCAGGGAUUUUUACACUCGAAAAAUUGAACGAUGAUUUUUAUCGGUAUCAGGGGCCCAUGACUCUGUCAGUAUAAAUAUACAUAGCUUCUUUGUGCCGGACCAAGAUACGGCUCGGUACAGUAUAUGUUCAGCACAGGAAAAAAGUGUAAGUUUAACAGAACCUUAUACAACACAAAGUUAAUUCAGUUCGCGCCUAUUCCUGCUAAAUUUGUUGUCCGUUUUAUAAGAUAUCAAUAUCGCAUGAAAGUAAUUACAUUUUCCAUAGCUGCGUAGUAUCUACUUUUAAUAUCUCCGUACAGUCUCAGAGUACAAUUUUUAGAGUUGUACACAGCAUGCAUUUUAGAUAGAUAGGUAGGUAGGUAGGUAGGUAGGUAGGUAGGUAGGUAAGAACCUUAGUUUACGGCACGAUAAAAAGAUCAGCAUUGCUGGUGGGGUGGUGCAUACAACAAUUACAAGAAAAAUAAGGAGUACUGAAAGAAAAUGUACACUUAAAAAUUCAAAACAGUUAAAGUUUUUUCUUGUAUUACAGUAUCACCGGGAUAAAGCGUUUCAUUUUCCCGGAAAAUUUCACUUUCUUGUCAAAACAAUCACUGACUCAGACAGACUCGGAUUAGUUUACUUGAAUUUAGUGUUCAGUACAGCGAACGGGGUUAUGUUCUGUGAAAUUUAUCUACAGUCUGUGGCCCACAUCACCACUGAUCCACGAUUUAUUUAUUUUUUUUAUUUUAUUUUCAAGUUAUUUUUAACCGAUCCUCGAUCCCUGAUUUCUCGAUCCUCGAUCCUCGAUCCUGAUUUUCCAGUAAACCUUGAAGUUUGGCUCAUUAAGAUUAUUCUUUUUUUUCGACCACUGAAGUGAUCAGUUGUUCCAAAAUAAUCAACGCUUUCAAGCCAUAGAAUUCCUGGACCAACCUGUUCCGGAAAAGCUCGAUAUGGGAUUUCUAUCAACUAUGGACAUGAAAUGCUGCAAGUACAGUGUGCGGUUACUCAAGUUCAAAGCUACCCAUAUAAACACAUCCAUGACACGUUAGGGUGGAUUUCCACUGAUGCGUUUUUGGCUCCGCACGUUAACGCACGUAAAUUUUAAUCACGUAAAUCAAAUAGAGGUACGACAUAAAGUAUUGAGAUUAAACGUCAAAUUAAGCGAGUUUCUACUUUUACGCUUACAUAAUUGUACGUGCGGCCUUUCAUACAUUGCCUUUAUUUUAUUUGCGAACGCAAAUUUUACGCACGUGCGCACGUAAAAAUUACGUGACAGUGGAUACUUCAUAUCUCAAGUAUUUAUGAAGUGCAACACGACUUCACAUCGUAACAACUGCGAAAAUCUAUCAANUAAACCUUGAAGUUUGGCUCAUUAAGAUUAUUCUUUUUUUUCGACCACUGAAGUGAUCAGUUGUUCCAAAAUAAUCAACGCUUUCAAGCCAUAGAAUUCCUGGACCAACCUGUUCCGGAAAAGCUCGAUAUGGGAUUUCUAUCAACUAUGGACAUGAAAUGCUGCAAGUACAGUGUGCGGUUACUCAAGUUCAAAGCUACCCAUAUAAACACAUCCAUGACACGUUAGGGUGGAUUUCCACUGAUGCGUUUUUGGCUCCGCACGUUAACGCACGUAAAUUUUAAUCACGUAAAUCAAAUAGAGGUACGACAUAAAGUAUUGAGAUUAAACGUCAAAUUAAGCGAGUUUCUACUUUUACGCUUACAUAAUUGUACGUGCGGCCUUUCAUACAUUGCCUUUAUUUUAUUUGCGAACGCAAAUUUUACGCACGUGCGCACGUAAAAAUUACGUGACAGUGGAUACUUCAUAUCUCAAGUAUUUAUGAAGUGCAACACGACUUCACAUCGUAACAACUGCGAAAAUCUAUCAAUUAUAUACAUAAAACAAAGUGAAUCUAUUUAACCGUACAUUUCCUGUAAUUACGACAAUAUUCUGAGAAACGUAACGCCUUAAAAAGCCACAAAAUCCGGAUUUCCCCGCUAUAAUAUUUUCUCAUCCUGCUUGGGGAUAUUUCCUUUUUAAAAAGUGCCUGUAUGUCCAUUCGAGGAAAAUUACGUCAUUGCCAAACUUACAUGCGUUAUUUCAGUCAUCGCCGAAAAUAAACUGCAUUCUCAUCACGAGACUCAUUUCCAUACGAUGAAAGUCGUCACGAUUCUUAUCCCCAGUUUCCACGGUCUUCGCUAGGAACGCGGGGCCUACAAACUAGGUCCCACCGACGAAAAAAAACGACUGCAUUUUAAGAGUCUCGCUCUGCUCAACCAAGCUUCAGAAGCUUGACUUAAAAGGCUUUUAAAAAAGCCAUAAUUCGCGUUUCCCAGUAAAUACAAAUAUAAACGAAAAAAAUCAUUCGGUUAAAUAUGUGAGAGCGAGAAAUACCGACGAACAGAGGUUUAUAACCUUCCUCAUCGAAGUAAACAUUUGCUGCCAUCUUGGAAAUUAUUCAUUUUAUGUCCUGCUUACACAAGGGUGUUUGAAUUUCAUUUGAAAAUCCGCUGAACGGCUUAAACGCUUCUUUCUUCCCAAAGUGUGACUUCGCGUGUAACAGUUAAGAAAUGGUAAACUAGGUUACUAAGCACGAAAGAAGCGUAAGAGUCGCACGAGGUGAUAGCCGAGUGCAACUCUAGCUUCUUGAGUGCUUAGCAAACCCCCCAAGAGCAUCCACAAAUCGAUGGUUGCAAAUCUACAACGUUUACCAUUUCUCUUAUAAUAUAUAAUUAAAGGAGAAAACAUUUCCAUUUCUCUUCGAUUGAGUCAGUCAUCGGUACUAUACACGAGUUGAUGUAUGCUGCCAUCUGCCUGCGCGUAAACAAAUCUUGCCUUAAAAAGACUUGCCUUUGAAGUUUUUCUUUCGCUGAAUCAACCAUUGUCCGUCUUAAGGUAAAUUGCAAAUCUAUUUUUGUUGUUAUUCUGAAUGGCGUCUGACUACUUGCUCUUGUUAUUACUAUAGCUGCAACCCCGGUUGCAACCGAGAACACCAACUAAAUCAGUUGAUAGACUUUGAUCAUUUCCGAUAUUCAAUGAGUAAUCGAUGAAUAAUAGAUAGGCCGCAAAAUUUUCAGUCAUCGAUUAGUGAUUGACUAGUUAUUAUAAUCUCGCAGCAAGCCGAACAACAUUAGGGCUAGAACAGUUUACUUAUUGUUUCAGCUACUGUAGUCAUGGAUCAAUGCCGCUGCUUAUGACGAAAGCCUUCCUAAGUCGAAGCAGCAGUUCUUUGCUGAGAAACAACCACUGCAUGAGACUUCCAACUAUAGUUUCCACAAAUCUGGAUAAAUCGAAACAACCACCUUAGACGCUGAAAUCUUUUACCCGGUAGGCACUCUGCGGUGGCUGUUUCUCAACAAAGACACAGUCUCUAAUAGCCGAGAGAGUAAGACAGAUAACUUGACCUUCUGAACGUUUCGUUUCUGAAAUGUUUAGAAGGUCGAGUUAUAAAAAUUCACGUUAAUGUUUCUUGACGAUAAUAAUAGCCAAAUAGGAAUUGAAUUUGCAUCUAGACUAACCAAUUUAUAUAGGCCAUGACGAAAACAAAGCGGCAAGUCAAAAUUAUUUACUGGACAGUAACCAUGGCCUAUUUACAUUGGUUUUCUACAUGCAAAUUCAAUUUCUAUUUGGCUAUUAUUAUCGUCAAGAAUCAUUAACGUAAAUUUUUAUCAACGGAAAUAAGUUAAGAAAAAAAUUGCUAGAAAGUAUAUGAGAUGGAUAAUCAUUAGAUAAUCGAUGGGCAAUCGAACGCACAAUAACUCAUCGAUGACAUCAAUGAGUAAUAGAUAGCCACAAAAUUUUUGGCCAUCGAUUAGUCAAAGAUUACCAAUUGAUCAUAGCGAAUAAUCAAUAACUAAUCAGUUGAUUACCUGAUAAUGAUAACUCAUCGAUUACUCAUUGAUGUCAUUCAUCAUCGAUUAGUUAUGUCUGGUGCCUUGUAAACACGUCGCACAAAAAAGCAGUGUGCUGGUGCCAGGUUUACCCUCCCUCCCCUAUAUUAAACUGUACACACCCAGUGGCUUUUCUCGUUUUUUGUCCCAAGAACCGGAACCAAUUAAUAUUUUGGUUGCUUUUUUGAACAGCACCCCGAGGCAAAGCAAGUCCAAUACAAGUGUGGUUGGGAAGAUUCAGUUGGAAAAGGAAUACAAGAAGGCUUUAUUGGCUUUCUUAAAAAGCGACAUGGUUUCAUUACUCAGGAUUUUCCCAGAGAAAGGAACCUUACAGGAAUUUUCUUUCACGAGUCGGACCUUAAGGGUUGCACGAUCAGGCAGUUAAACAUCGGUGACAGAGUGCACUUUCGUGUUGAACAGAACGACAGAGGGUGUGUUGCGAAACAAAUUGACUUGUUGAUUCCAGUUGUCCAGGCAGUUCAACAGGUAAUCUUUGCUUUAGAGCGAGAUUUUUUCCAAAUUUACAAUUCACAAGGCAACUUCUAAGCCCGUAAAAGUAGUGGACUGAAAAUUAAAUUGCAAAUUUUCUGUUUUUUUUUUUUUCGGCGGAUCAUCAAUUAUCUGCAAUUGUACGUUACAAGAGUUAUAAUUUUAACAACAAAGGCGUAAGAGCAUGCAGCAGGGAUGUGAACAGUAGACCUCAGUCACAAAACGAAUGAUAUCAUACAAGGGUUUUCACACAGUAGCCUUUCAACACUUGGGAACCUUGCUUUAAGUCGCAGCUCUCUUGUUUUCGAGCUACAAUCGGCGACAAAAUUGUUGAGACAUUGUACUUAAAUAGGGUGACUUCGGAGAACAAAAGAAUCCGCACCCCUCCCCUGUCCCCUCCAUUCAAAUUUGGGGUGUUUGUUGUUUUCUAUAGGUAGCUAGAACAAGGUCACAACAUUGUACGGAGGGGAUGGGGGAGGAAAGCUAUAUUUCCUCCUUUUGAAGUUCAUAAAACGUAAAAAAGCCUACUUUUGGGCGAAGUGUCUCAACUCAUUUUGUCGCCGAUUGUAGGUUCCAUUGUUAACUUUGUUUGUUCAUUGUUUUUCCAAUCAAUCCAGUGAGGUCUUCCGAGAGCUGCAAGGUCGACCGUUUAACAGUGCUAACCAGUGCUAACCAAACAAACUUAUUAAGCAGUUUACAGGAAGCAGAAAUUCAAUAAAUUCCAGUUAUUUAGCAGUUGUGGUGAACACUGAGCCGCUCGAAGUGCGGAAUUCAAAUCUGUUCGGUACCACAGUUUUAACAAAAAGAAAUCGACCCAGGAAAAUACAUGAAAAAGAAAGUACUUCUAACAUUCAUUCUNUGAUUAUGGUCCACGGUGGGAAGGUGUCGCGCGUGGGGGUUGGGGUGUGGUCUGUGUGUCGCGUCUCGCGCCGCGUGGGUGGCGCGCGCGCCCGUCGGGUGGGGGGGGGGGGGGGCGGGGGGCGAGGGCGGUGGGGGGGGGGGGGGGGGGGGGGGGUGGUCACCAAAAAAAAAUUUUUGUUUGGUCUAAAAAUAAGGGGGGGCCCGAGCAUCUCCUCUGGAUCCGCCACUGGGUUGAAGUUGGUGGCUUUGUUUCUCCUCAAAACGGAAACCUGCGACGCUAAAACUGUUGAGAGUUUCUCGUAGAUGCUAUAUUUUGCUUUCUUAACAUUGGUUACCACAAGAGACAGACAGAUACAAAGUAAGUUUGAUGGAUGGAAGUUCUUUAAUCUUGCCCCGCAUUCAGCAUUACGUUGUUCCUCUUGUAUUGCGAACUGUAAUAUCGCCGUAGGUUUCUGAUUAUUCAGUUUUUUUUGCAGUAAAGCUUUGGGUAGGAAUACCCUUGCAGAUAGGCGAUAGUCCGUCGGCACGCUUACUCUAAGAAGAGGUUAAUUUGAGCAGUAUUUUGUGCAGUGAGUUCUACGGUCAUGAUUGACUUCAAACUUGCAGAUAUAAAACUAGAGAGCUCUGAGGCUUAUUUGCUGGAUUUAGAGAAAAAUCUGUCGUAGGGUUUCGAGGUUAUUAAUGCUUUUUGUACAAAUGCUGUUUUAAAUAUAUGCGGAUAUCUCAAACGCUUUUAUUCUUACAAGAAAAUAAAUAACAUUUUCUUUAAGUUCUACCAUUUUUUAUUAUAAGGAUGCCAAAAAUCAUAGAAAUCGGUUAAAUCGUUCCUGCCGAAAAACAAGAUUCAAAAAUAUAACCAACGCGCAUAUAAAUAGGUUCGGGCCACCUUAAAAAGAGAAUCAAUUUUCGUUUGUCUCCUCCUUAUCAAGACGCUGGCGGCACACAUGCACCUAUCCGAAAUUUGUGGGAGUACCUCCCCCGGGGGCUAUGAUUACAGCAUGUAGUCUUAUCUAGUGGUGUGCUGGUUUUGUUUCCCAAUUCUUCAGUCUUCAAACUAACCAAAACUAUGCAGCUAGUAGCUGGCAUGAUGUGCUGACAAUUAGGAUCGUUUUGCAUGAAGAACGUCAGGAAACGUCAAAAAGUCGUCUUUUGCGGAACCUUUCAUCACACAUUGGUGACCCUCUCGCGAUGUUGAUCGAAGUUACAUUCGAAGAAAUUCUUUUCAAGUGGGAGAGGAAACAAUCCUUUGGCUAAAUUCUCUGUCUUUAUUCUUGAAUACAACGAAGCAGAUUUCUAAGUCCUAAACAAAAAAACAACACCCGAAGGAGAUAAGAAAUUCGAUGGCAGAUCAAAAAUUCUCUAUAGAUGGAUCACAACAAGCACUGUAUUAAAGAUCAAGAUCUAACACCCCAAUUGUGAGGCUAUGAAUCCGGAUAAAAAUUGAAAACUAACAAAAGCUGUCGACCGAAAAUGAAGUCUUGUUCAUUUCUGCGCGGGCGGGUAUCGUUUCAGGCUAUUAAGCUGGCCGAUUUUUUUCUGAUUCCUGUACGCAAAAGGCAAUGAGUCGAAAAUGACUGGGGAAUCAUAAAGUCUCUCUGAAUAGCAGCAGCCAGAAAAGUAAAAAAGUUAAAUAAACCCUUUAAAUCCCCUCUUCUUUUUAACUUCCCCUAGCCAGCUUUCUCGUUUGUUCUGCUUGUUUACUAUCUAUAUUUGUCUUUCAGGGAAACUUUCCCUCCACUUCAGCUUCACUUGGUUCACGCCCGUUUCGAGAAAGACCUAACUCAGACGUAGUAAGCUUCUUUAUAUGUACUUCUAAUAUACCAUAUAACGUAAAAUUCCGAAAAUACGCUCCGGGGUUAUAUUUUUCAGACCUUUUUAGAGAGGUUUAUGUUGGCUGAUCCUUAUUAUAUAAUAAGCAUUUUAAAGCCGGCUGGGUUUACAAUUGAAGGGUGAUUUGUGUCAGAAUUUUUUCAGUCUGCUAAUGAUAAGCAAAAUAUAACCUUUCAAAAAUAUAUUUAUAGAAGGUUUUUUGCGUUUUAAAUUUGGGCACCUUGAUUUGGAGGUGCUUAUUUUCGGAUUUUUACCGUAAUUAGCCUGAUUUAAAAGUUGUGGAAAUUGUGAAAUUCAACUCAUGACAUUGUCCCACCCUAGAAGUUUUAUUCCAUGUGUCACCAGCCUUCGACGCAGGCUCAUGUGUCACAGACCGUGAUCACUUGUGUAGAAAAGUGUAAUCAGCAAAGGAGCUAUCAGGAUGGGCUGUUAUUCCAUGAUAACUCGACUGAAACAAAAACCAUUUUAAUUUGUGGCAUUUGUUGUUAUCUUCGACAGAAAACCGGUUUACUUUUCCCCUUGCAGCACUACUGACCUUGAUCCCCCUGCAGCUUGUGAUCACGAUCCCACUGCUGUGAUCCCUGAACCCAUCUCCCUUAUUGCCGUCCCUGAUCCCCUAUACCCCCCUACGACCAGUUGGACGAUGCUGUAAUUUUAAAAGGUUGUUUUAUUUUAUUUUUGUUUGGUUUCUUUUUGGCUAUUUUCAUUCUGAAAGAUCUUCCUUAGCCGUCUUUGAUUCCCAGCCAUCGGGUUAAAAUGACGUGGCCAUACUUUUACAAGUCGUCUUUCGAGUAAGGAAAAAAACAGAUCCAUAUUUGUUUAUUUUCCAUAUUUGUCUUUCAGGGAAGCUUUCCUUCCACUUCAGCUUCAGUUGAUCCACGCAUGUUUCAAGAAAGACCCAACCCAGAAGUGUAUGGAUGGUCGGAUCGAUGGUUUCCUGGAUUCAAUCCAAACCAAAUGGGGUUUCAGCCUUCCAUCUCUCCCGGAGGUAGACCUCCAAUGAGAAAUUCAACGUAAGUUUUUUUUGAAAAAAGGACCUACAAACCCUAAAUAAUGUUUUGAAAGUACUGUUCAGGAGCAUUUGUAUAAGACUAUUGUGGAAAAACCAAUCAUAGGAGUCUAGCGAGGGCGUUUUAAUCGAAAGAGAGUACUUUAUUAUAGGAAGUUAACGCUUAAAUUAACGUGCAUUGAAGGAAAAACUAUCCCCAAAAAGAAAUUAACGAGUAAAAUUUCAAAAUAAAGGAAAUUGACGAGACGUACACAGAAAAACAAACUCUUUGACACAACAGGAACAAAUAAAGCGUACGAUACGAAAUGCAAACGGUGAUUGUGGAAAUGCCUAAAGGUGCGUGUUAAGGUGGCUCCGUCAUUAAUACAGGGGCAUUGAGCUAUGACGAGCUUUUCGUAAUAACUUUUCCAUUUUUAACGCGAUGGCUGCCAAACGUUGCAAAGAACAACAGGUAUGGCAUUCGGCAAUACUAUAAAAUAUUCUGACUUCACAGCUAUUUAAUAUCUUUUGCGAAAUUAGCGCUUAAAAGGACCCUACUGUUCAAAGAAAAUCGCGUCUAGUAAAAGACGCGAUUUAAGAGACUCAUUAAGACGCACUAUUUUAAAGAGGCCUAUAGCGACCUGUCUUGAGUCAUCGUAGGUUUUUAUUUUCUACUUUGUACUUCUUACUUGUUAUAGGUUAUGCUGAGUUACCUACUAGGAAGGAAAUGUAACAAAUGAUUAAGCUUUAGUAUAUAGAGAGUAUGUAAUAUAACUUUUGUUUCAGUUUUAUUCGAGUGUUAUGCGCAUUUGAUGAUAUCUUUUAAUGUUAAAUGCGCAAAAGAGCCAUAGAUAUUAUAAUUAUUAUUAAAAACUUUUGCUGAUAUUUUUGGCUGAAAUUUCUGGUAUCGGCUUUUAUUGAUAUAAUGAAUACGGUAUGCCAGAUAAAUUUCACAGAAAUCAUUGGAGCAAAAGUCCGUAACAAGAAAGUCGUUCAAAAUUCGGCUGUGAAAUUGUUUUAGAAUUUCAAAACCAAAUUGCUCUGAGGUAGAACGAGUCAGUAGUUCGAAUUUGCUGCACAAGAAAUUGCAGUGUAUCCUUAUUCUGAAAACAAAGGCCGGAUGCUAAUAAUGUUAUUCUUUAAAAGGUAUUCUUUAGCUCUAGCAGCACUAUAAAUUGCUCCAAACUUUGCUCUGAAGUCAAAUGACUUGUUCCUCGACAUUUUUAAAAUAUCUCUUAGCAGUUUUGGCUGAAACCCCUGCUACAUACAUGCAUUUUGAUGUAUUGCAAUGCACCUUCGGCGGCUUUUACUGCUGUACGUUGCUUUAAACUCAAGAAAAAGGUAUAA